ACGGCAUGUUGGGAAGGCGUCCGCGCGGCGGCCAUUUUGUCUUGUCGGCUCCUGUUUAGCGCAGGCUUUAGGCCGGGAGCGGGCAGGAGAGCUUGGCGACUGUGUCGCCGGCGUUUUCUUUGGUGGGUGCCAGGGCUGGUGAGAGCAGUCGCCCGAGGAAAGCACCAUGAUUUCGGCCGCGCAAUUGUUGGAUGAGUUAAUGGGCCGGGACCGAAACCUCGCCCCGGAUGAGAAGCGCAGCAACGUGCGGUGGGACCACGAGAGCGUUUGUAAAUAUUAUCUCUGUGGUUUUUGUCCUGCGGAAUUGUUCACAAACACUCGUUCUGAUCUUGGGCCUUGUGAAAAAAUUCAUGAUGAAAAUCUGCGAAAACAGUAUGAGAAGAGUUCUCGUUUUAUGAAAGUUGGCUAUGAGAGAGAUUUUCUGCGAUACUUACAGAGCUUACUUGCAGAAGUAGAACGUAGAAUUAGACGAGGCCAUGCUCGUUUGGCAUUAUCUCAAAACCAGCAGUCAUCUGGGGCAGCUGGUCCAACAGGCAAAAAUGAAGAAAAAAUUCAGGUUCUAACAGAUAAAAUCGAUGUACUCCUGCAGCAGAUUGAAGAAUUAGGAUCUGAAGGAAAAGUAGAAGAAGCCCAGGGAAUGAUGAAAUUAGUUGAACAGUUAAAAGAAGAGAGAGAAUUGCUUAGAUCCACAACUUCGACAAUUGAAAGUUUUGCUGCCCAAGAAAAGCAAAUGGAAGUUUGUGAAGUGUGUGGAGCCUUUUUGAUAGUGGGAGAUGCCCAGUCCCGGGUAGAUGACCAUUUGAUGGGAAAACAGCACAUGGGCUAUGCCAAAAUUAAAGCUACUGUAGAAGAAUUGAAAGAAAAAUUAAGAAAAAGAACUGAAGAACCUGAUCGUGAUGAGCGUUUAAAAAAGGAGAAACAAGAACGAGAAGAAAGAGAAAAAGAAAGGGAGAGAGAAAGGGAAGAAAGAGAGAGGAAAAGACGAAGAGAAGAGGAAGAAAGAGAAAAAGAAAGGGCUCGAGACAGAGAAAGAAGAAAGAGGAGUCGAUCAAGGAGUCGUCACUCAAGCCGAACUUCUGACCGAAGAUGCAGCAGGUCUCGGGACCACAAAAGAUCACGAAGUAGAGAAAGAAGGCGAAGCAGAAGCAGAGAUCGACGAAGAAGCAGAAGCCAUGAUAGAUCAGAAAGAAAGCACAGAUCUCGUAGUCGGGAUCGAAGAAGAUCAAAAAGCCGAGAGCGGAAGUCAUAUAAGCACAGGAGCAAAAGUCGGGACAGAGAACAAGAUAGAAAAUCCAAGGAGAAAGAAAAGAGGGGAUCUGAUGAUAAAAAAAGUAGUGUGAAGUCCAGUAGUCGAGAAAAACAGAGUGAAGACACAAACACUGAAUCAAAGGAAGGUGAUACUAAGAAUGAGGUCAAUGGGACCAGUGAAGACAUUAAAUCUGAAGGUGACACUCAGUCCAAUUAAAACUGAUCUGAUAAGACCUCAGAUCAGACAGAGGAAUACUGUUCGAAGAUUUUUGGAAGAAAACUGAAAACGGCAUAAAGUGAAGAUCGACAUUAAAAUGAGGUGAAAGAAAACUAUAGUGGCGUAGAAAAAGUAUAAAGCUCAGUUAGUUUUUUUUGUUUUUUUUAAUUAAAAAUUAAUUCAGGACUGAUGUGACCUACCAGAUUUCAGAACAUGUAUUAAUAGCAUAUAUAUGCCACUGAAAACUUAGGUCCUGUAUUAUAUUUUUUUCUUUAAGACUUUUUAAGAAAUAUUACCUAAAUAUGUGGCUUGCUCAGUGUUUAAUUGCAAGUUUUCAUUCUUGGACUUUGAAAACGAGAUUAAACGUUAGUAUUUGUGUGAAUCAGACUAAGUGGGAUUCCAUUUUUACAACUCUGCUAUACCUAGCCUUUGGAUUUAGAAGUGAAAAUAAAGUAUCUCUGACUUUCUGUUA